UGAGUAACAUUACAAAUUAUCUGUAAAGAGGCUAAAGGGUGUAUGUGUGAAGUUUCAUUGAGAAAUUCGAAGUUGCUAUGCCUCAGUCUUACUGAUAAAAGGUGUAACUAAUUAUUAAAAGUACAUACAACAAUCAGAGGAAGAUGGUAUCAGAACUUCCGAAGUUAUGGCAAAAUAAGGGAACAUAUUCAGUGUCAGGGAACCAUUCAGUUCCAGUUGUCCGUGAAUCGUUGAUCAUCCCAAUAAUGCUGAAAGUCGCUUUAGUUUUGUUUGUCCUGGCUCUGGUGAGCAUAAAUGGACAGGAAACGAAUCCCUUAUCCGAGUGCCAUGACUACACUCAAACCUUCUACUUGAUGUUCGAAGGCACCACGGACAAUGUUCGCACAAGGAUGACUGAAUACACAGAGAUUGUCACCCAGAAUUUGAUGGAUGUGAUGGAAGAGGAAUUCAGAAGCUGGGAACAAGUGACCAAACGCUGUGCAUCUCUACGCAGUUCCGAAGCCAUCGGAGAGAUUGUCCGUCAGUGUGCUGAACAAAAAUUUAAUCAGCUCAAUGAUCUCCACAGUGGCAUCUUCGAUGACCUCGAGGCCAUUUCAGUGCUAUCCAAUCAGCUCGCCAUAAUGCCCGUUACUCAACUGGGCGACAUUAACAUUGUGCUGGAAUACGAAAACUUUGAGCAGCUCUGUGAGACAUUCGUCCUAGAUCAGUACAAUGAAUUGGAAUAUGAGAUCGUUCCGAGCCUCGAUGUUCACCUCACAGCUCUCAUCAACGCUCGGGAUACUAUGCCACGGGAUCUCGAGGCCUGUAUCGAUACCACGAUGCACAAGCGCUUCCCCAACGUUCAUUCAUGCUAGAAACGAUCAAUUUUUAUA